AUGUCACGCCAACAGCAUAAGAUAGAACCUUCGUUGGACCCUGCGCAGACACCUACAAAGUCAAAUCAAGAUUCGAAACUAUUAGCACCUGACGGUGAGCCAGUAUCGACAAGCUAUGAUGCCGAAUCCAACAACAAUCAAGACGCCCCAAUGAAGAAAGACAUCCGCUUCUGGACAAUGUUUCUCGCCAUAGGACUCUGCCAGUUUCUUGCGGCCCUUGAUGCGACUAUUCUCUCAACAGCACUUCCAACUAUUAUGUACGAGCUCAACUCCGGCGAGCUGUAUGUCUGGGUCAUCAACUCCUAUCUCUUGGCUUCAACAGCUUUUGGCCCCAUAUUCGGACAGGCGUCCAACAUCUUUGGGCGUCGCAUCCUCACCAUCCUGGCUGUACUUCUCUUCAUUGUCGGUAGCGCCAUCUGCGGUUCCGCAAAUGGCACAGUCACGCUCAUUAUCGGAAGAAGUAUCCAAGGUAUUGGAGGCGGCGGCUGCGUUGUGAUGCCAGAAAUUCUCAUUUGCGAUCUCGUCAGUCUUCGGGAGCGCGGCAUGUAUGCUGGAGCUCUGGCUGCUUCAUGGACCAUAGCAUGUCUUGCUGCUCCCAUCAUCGGCGCUGUUCUGGCAGAACGUGCGACAUGGCGAUGGAUUUUCUACAUGAACAUCCCCAUCUCGGCGGUGGUGCUGGUGCCCGUGGUUCUCCUCAAACAGCGGUAUCCGCACCAGGGCACAUUUUUCCACCGCCUACGUCGCAUCGAUUGGCUUGGAAAUGCCAUACUCAUCAUGGCUGUAGCUUCUCUUCUGCUUUCGCUCACUUGGGCUGGUACUAAGAAUGCGUGGUCUUCGUGGCGAACCAUCGUUCCUUUGGUUGCGGGCAUUCUGGGCCUUGCAGGCUUCGUUUACUUUGAGUCUCUCUCUUGGUUGGCCGAGCCUACCAUGCCCCUACGUCUUUUUCAGAACCAGACGUCUGCGACAAUAUACCUCACAAGCUUUCUGCAUGGCAUGCUUCUCUUUUGGGUAGGCUACUUCCUCCCAGUUUACUUCCAAGCAGUUCAGAAUGCAUCUCCAAUGAGGUCUGCUACUUUGAUACUGCCCGUUCUCACUGUCGGAGCACCAGCUGGUCUUCUGGCGGGUGUCCUGACAACCGUCACGGGUAGUUAUCGACCUUGGCAUUUCGUUGGCUGGGCUAUUACGGCAGUUGCUUUGGGACUCUUCACCCUGCUAGACGCAGACUCCUCCUUGGGAUAUUCGGUCGGCUUCCAAGUGCUCUUUGGCUUCGGAUUUGGAGUCCUAUUCACAACCUUUCUGCCUGCACUGUUGGCAGGCUUAUCCGACAAGGAUGUCGCAGUAGCAACUGCCACAUGGAUCUUCAUCCGCAAUUUGGGGUCUAUUUGGGGCAUCGCAAUCCCGGCGGCAGUUUUCAACACACGCGCAGAUCAAAUGGCUCAGGUCUUUCCCGAUGAGAGCCUUCGAACACUGUUAUUGAAGGGUGGUGCAUAUGAGCACGCUACCAAAGCCUUUUUGGACCUUUUUCGUAAGACACCUGAAGUAUACGAUGUGAUUGUUGACCUCUACGUCAAGAGUUUGAAGUUGGUGUGGCAGGUGGCGAUAGGCUUUGCUGUCCUGGGGUUUUUGCUGUCGUUUCUAGUACAAAACCUUGAACUUAGGAAGACGAACGAUACAGAGUUUGGAUUGGGUCCAACUUCCAAACCCAGCAACAUUGUAUAG